UUAAGGACGGGAUCACCAGCGACUUCCUGUUGGAGACCAUGCGAAGUAGAAGAAAGCCCAGGCAGCCACAGAGGCAGCAACAGGAUGAUGACAGCGAUGACCCCAAGAAGUACAGCAAAUUACCAAAGCCAGAUAUUAAUUCCUCAGAGUAUUAUAAUGAUGACGUUGAUGAAUUUCACGAGAAGAAAUUUGAGAAGCUGCUGGCUGGUGGACUAGCACGUGAUAAUUUGAGUGAAGAUUCACUAGAUGAGGAAGAGGUGAUGCCUCUGGACCUUCCUGAUUCUGAUGAUGAAGAUGAUGAGGAAGAGGCAGAAGCAAUGGAAGAAGAUGAAGAUGAAUACGAGGAAGAGGUUGACAUGGAUAGUGACCUUGAGGGCAAAUCGGAAGAAGGUCUCCCAAGUGCAUUGGCCUGGGGACAGAAGAAGAAAUCGUAUUAUAAUACUGAUUAUGUUGAUGAGCUUCCUCGUGGAAAGAAACAAGCAGAAGCUCUGGCUGAGGCUGAGGAGGAGGAACAAGAGGCUAUAAAUAUUCAGAAACGGUUGGCAGAAAAUCUGUCUGAGGAUGACUUUGGACUCGAUCUUAUUCAGACAUUCGCCCAAGAGCAGGAAGCAGAGAAGGCUUCUGGAAAGGAUCUGAAAAUUAAAAAAGAUUUGAACAAAAUGUCCCAGAAAGAGAAGCUGAAGCUGCUGAAGAAGGAGUCACCUGAGCUUCUGGAACUUAUCCAAGAUUUCAAAGCCAAGCUUGUAGAAUUGAAGGAUGAGCUGCAGCCACUGAUGGAACUGGUGCAGAGCGGUAGGAUACCGGCAGAGAAGGAUGUCCAGUAUGUACAGACAAAGUACCAUCUGUAUUUGAACUACUGCACAAACAUUAGUUUUUAUCUGGUACUGAAGGCAAAGCGAAUCCCAGUUCAGAACCAUCCGGUGAUUGAGAGACUGCUCAGCUACAGAAAUCUGAUCAAUGACUUGCCUCUAGUGGAUGUGGAACUGCCAUCUGAUAUCCAGCAGCAUUUAAGGCAGAAUAAUAAAAAUCUUAAAUCGAUUAGUGGAAAAGAUCAACAUUUCUCCAAAUUGAAGAAAAUGCCACCUCAGAUGAGUAAACAACCAAAAGCUGGACAAAGAACAAAAGUAAAGGUCACUGGUGAGGAAGUGUCUAAGGAUCUAAAAUAUGAUAUGGGUGCUGAAGCAGGACUCCUAUAUCAUAAUAGUAUGAAAGACACUCUGCCCCAGAAAAGAAAAAUGGAAGAAGACAGUAAUGAGACCACUGCCACGGUACAGGAAAUGCUUGGUGCAGAUGAAAAGAGAAAGAUUACUUAUCAGAUCGCCAAAAAUAAGGGUCUCACACCCAAAAGGAAGAAGAUUGACCGUAAUCCUCGAGUCAAGCACAGAGAGAAAUUCAGACGAGCCAAAAUCCGACGGAAGGGUCAGGUGCGAGAGGUCCGCAGAGAGGAACAGCGAUAUAGCGGUGAGCUGUCAGGUAUCCGGGCUGGAGUUAAGAAGAGCAUCAAGCUUCAUUGAUCUUGCUUCUGUAUCAAAUAUCUUCAAUUUGGUAAUUAAUGUAUCAGC